UCCCGCCGCUCCCCGCCCCCGGCACGAUGGUUCCGCGGGGGGCGGUGACAGCGCAGGGGGAGCGCGUCCCCUUUAAGAGCGGCGUCGCCAUGAUCUGCCUGGUGCUGGGGCUCUUCGCCGGCCUCUUCCACAGCGCCUUCGGCGGGGUCAAUGAACGAACCUUCGUGGCCAUCAAACCGGACGGGGUCCAGCGGCGCCUGGUCGGGGAGAUCAUCCGGCGCUUCGAGAGGAAGGGGCUGCAGCUGGUGGGGAUGAAGCUGCUGCAGGCCUCGGAGGAGCUGCUGAAGGAACACUACAUUGCCCACCGGGACCGUCCCUUCUACGGCCGCCUGGUGAAGUACAUGAGCUCCGGGCCCGUGGUGGCCAUGGUCUGGCAGGGCCUGGAUGUGGUGAAGACAGUUCGUGCCAUGAUCGGAGAGACCAAUCCAGCUGAAUCCAGGCCUGGCACCAUCCGAGGAGACUUCUGUGUUGAAGUCAGCAAGAAUGUGAUCCAUGGCAGUGACUCGGUGGAGAGUGCCCAGCAGGAGAUCUCGCUCUGGUUCCGCCCGGAGGAGCUGCCCUGCUGGGAGGACACAGCUGCACACUGGAUCUACGAGUGAGGAGCAAUCCCAAGGGAAGUUCAUCUUCCCACUGGGACACAGGACAUUUCCUUCCAUUUCAUAGCAGCUGCUGGGGCUGGCUGCAGAUCCUCUGUGGGAUUCCUCUUCUGCCCGUGGGAUCCUGAGAGCUGGGCUGUGUGUGGAACUCUGUGGUUUAGCUCCUGCCAAGGGGAGCUGUUUCUUUCUUUCUCUCUCUGCUCUAGUAAGUAGUUGGUAUUGUUGCUCUGUUUGCUGCAGCAUCUUAAAUCCCAAGUAGCUGAAGCUGAUUCAUUGAAGUAAAACUUGGGCUCUUUGCCCAUUCCUGGGUGUUCUGA